UUAGAUGAUGUAUGAACGACGCGGGGGAAGCAGACGAAAAAGGGGCGAGCGGCAGUUGGCGUUGAACUUCGGAAGAAUCUUUCGUGGUCUUCGUCGUCGCCGUCGUCGUUGGGUACUCUGUAUUUCUACUUCUUCCACACCAGACGCGCCAAAACUCCUCCCGAGUCUCCAUAUAAAUACCCGACAAUCCACCACGCCCCUCAGGCAUAAGCAUCAGAACCAACCGUCACGUAACCAAACCUUCCACAUACCUUCUCCUCCAAGUCUCGACCCUUUUCCCACGAUGGAGUGGAUCCGGGGACCGGCCAUCGGCCGCGGCUCCACCGCCGCCGUCUCCCUCGCCACCGCCGUCCCCUCGGGCGAGCUCUUCGCCGUCAAGUCCGCCGAGCUCUCUCGGUCGGCGCCCCUGCAGAGGGAGCGGCUCCUCCUGUCCGAGCUCGCUUCUCCUCACGUCGUCAAGUACCUGGGCCACGACGUCACUCGAGAAAGCGGCGAGCUUUACUACAACCUGUGGACGGAGUACUUGCCCAAGGGCACGCUGUUCGACGAGAUCCGGCGCCGCGGGGGGCGCUUGGACGAGCCCGAGAUUCGGUCUCACACGAGGAAGGUCUUGCGGGGCCUGGAGUAUCUUCACGAGAACGGGUUGGUUCACGGUGAUGUCAAGAGCCAGAAUCUGUUGAUGGGUAGCGAUGGAGUGAAGGUUGCGGACUUGGGUUGCUCUAGAUUCGUCGAACCGCGACGAUCCAGCCGCGUACUCUCUCCACCUGACGCGUUCUCUGGAGUCGACUCGCGAGAGGCCCACAUCGCGCGUGGAGAGGAUGGCGUGCUGCCGGAGGAGCGCGCGAUGACUUCCUCCGACGUCUUCUCAGGUACGCCGAUGUUCAUGGCGCCGGAAGUGGCUCGCAACGAAGAGCAGAGCUUCCCGUCGGACGUGUGGAGCGUCGGUUGCACGGUCAUCGAGAUGGCCACUGGGAAAGGCCCGUGGGCCGAGUCGGACCCGGUGUCGGUUCUUUACCGGAUCGGGUUCUCGGGCGACGCGCCGGAGAUCCCACGGCGGCUGUCGGACAGCGGGAGGGACUUUCUGGCCAAGUGCUUGGCGAGAGACCCAAGACAGAGGUGGGCAGUGACAGAGCUGCUCAAGCAUCCGUUUCUCGAUGAAUCGAAGACGUCUGAGGAGUUCACCAGGAAUUCGCCAAGUGGGGUGUUGGAUUCGGCGUUCUGGGAUUCGAUGGACGUGUGGGAGAGUCCGAGAAACCGAACCGUUUCCGACGCGGUCGAUUCGUGUUCUUGUUCUAGAAGUCCCGCGACAGAGAGGAUGAAGAAGCUGAUUGAGGAGUGCGAGUCUUCUUCAUCAGCUAACUGGAGUUCACCUGACGGGGCAUCGGACGAAGAGUGGAUCACAGUGAGAAGUGAACAUCACAAAGAGGAAGUCGGAGAAAUCCCGCGACCGAUCGACGGCGCCCCUCCCUUCGCCGAUUCGACUAGCGACGAGGAACAGUUGCAGAUCUCUCCGCGCGACGGCAAUUCUCAUUAUUCUAAUAAUACUCUUGAUGAUUGCAUCAUCAUGGGCGGUGUAAUUUAUAAAGUAGAUUCAUUUGCAGACUCUGAAGAUGAUUUCAGGGGCAACAACAAUGUACUAAGAGUCCUCACUCAUGAGGCAGAGAAUGAAAUUACUGAUUCGGUCGAAUUGCAAGUUCUUCAUCUAAAUUCGAAAGCUCUGUUUCCGGUUGAUUUGCUCACUUCACUGAGUGGUUCUUUUCCAAUGCCUAGCUGCGUUUUCAUGAAUAUAACACGCUCGCCGAAAUUCUCUUAA